AUGUCUGGUCCGAAGAUCGUCAAUGGUUCUGAUGGUUAUAUACUACAGGAUGUUCCUCAUCUCAUUGAUUAUCUCCCUGAUCUUCCUACGUAUCCCAACCCACUACAAGACAAUCCAGCUUACUCAGUGGUGAAGCAAUACUUUGUUGAUGCAGACGAUAGUGUUCCUGAGAAGGUUGUAGUCCACAAGGAUGGUCCAAGAGGAAUCCAUUUCAGACGCGCUGGUCCACGCCAAAAGGUUUACUUUGACUCCGAUGAAGUCCAUGCUUGCAUUGUCACAUGUGGUGGUCUCUGUCCCGGUCUCAAUACCGUUAUUAGAGAGAUCGUGAGCAGCUUAUCAUGCAUGUACGGUGCAAACAGAAUCCUUGGAAUAGAUGGUGGAUACAGGGGAUUCUAUGCCAAGAACACUAUCCCCUUAAACUCUAAAGUUGUCAACGUCAUCCAUAAACGAGGAGGAACAAUCCUCGGAACCUCACGAGGUGGACAUGAUACCACAAAGAUUGUUGAUAGCAUCCAAGAUCGAGGAAUCAAUCAGGUGUAUAUUAUUGGUGGAGAUGGAACUCAGAGAGGAGCUUCAGCAAUAUAUGAGGAGAUUAGAAGGCGUGGACUUAAAGUUGCUGUGGUUGGAAUCCCGAAAACAAUUGAUAACGAUAUUCCAGUAAUAGAUAGAUCUUUUGGGUUUGAUACUGCUGUGGAGGAAGCUCAGAGAGCUAUCAACGCAGCACAUGUUGAAGCCGAGAGUAAUGAGAAUGGUAUCGGUUUUGUUAAGCUCAUGGGUCGUUACAGUGGAUUCAUAGCGAUGUAUGCUACAUUAGCCAGCAGAGAUGUGGAUUGCUGCUUGAUUCCAGAGUCACCGUUUUACCUUAAAGGAGAAGGUGGACUCUUGGAGUUCAUAGAGAGACGGCUUAAGGAGUAUGGUCACAUGGUGAUUGUUCUUGCUGAAGGAGCGGGACAAGAGUUGAUGUCCAAAAGCAUGGAAUCUAACACUGACGCGUCUGGUAACAAGCUUCUUAAAGAUGUUGGCUUGUGGCUAUCACAAAACAUCAAGGAUCAUUUUAAGAAGAUUAAGAUGGUGAUGAAUCUCAAAUACAUAGAUCCAACAUACAUGAUAAGGGCUGUUCCAAGCAAUGCAUCAGACAAUGUUUACUGUACACUUCUUGCUCAAAGCGCGGUUCAUGGUGCAAUGGCUGGUUACACUGGCUUCACUAGUGGUCUUGUCAAUGGAAGACAGACAUACAUUCCUUUCUAUAGAAUAACAGAGAAACAUAACCAUGUGGUGAUUACUGAUAGAAUGUGGGCAAGGCUUUUGUCUUCUACGAAUCAGCCGAGUUUCUUGGGGCCAAAGGAUAUAGCUGAGGAGAAGAAAGAGACAACGGAGAAGCUUCCUACUGACGGUGAAAAAUGUGACGGAGGUAUCGAUAUUCCUCCGGUGACUAAAGAGAUCAGUAAGUGA